CAUCAGGUGACUAGCUGCAGUCGCAGAGGUGUGCAUCAUCGUUUCUUCAUUGAGCGACUGUGGGCUCUGCAGUGCUGGGGUUCCUUGGUCCGGUGCGCACUCCUUUUCUCGGCGGAGGGAUCCCGUCUCGCCGCUCGCUACGUCCUACAAGGCGCGCUGACGUCGCGGAGGGCCGGCAAUCAGCGCUGGAGCGGCCGGCGCGCUGGUGUUCCAGUUGGUCAUGGACACCAGCAGGGAGGCGCACGGUCCGGGGCUGUGAGGGUUCUAGGGCGGCGGCCCCAGAACGGCGGCGACGCGACCCGAGCGGAAAGGGCCGAGGCGGCCGAACGAAUUGGGGAUGGGGAGGCCUGGACCGUGUACUUCCCCUGGGUGCGCUUGCGGCUUUGGGGGCGCACAGUGACGGUGGCGGCGCCUCUGGCCCAGCAGCUCCGAGGUCGCUUCGCCUGCGAGCCCGCGGCCGGCGGCAGGCCUGGCCAUGAGGAGCGGCCGGGGCUGGGAUAGGCCUCGCUGACCCCGGCUCCGCGCAUCGGCCUUCCUCAUUUCCGCUCCGGCCUCGGCAUGAGCGUCCGCCCGGGCCCGGGGCCGCGACUGCCCCUGUCCCGCCGCCCUCGGACGCGCUCGGUGCCCGCGGAUCCGCGGUGCUGAUCCCGUUGCGCCGCCCGCCUGCUGUAUGCCCCCGGGGCGCGGCCAUGGAGGUGGUGGGCGACUUCGAGUAUAGCAAGAAGGACCUCGUGGGACACGGGGCCUUCGCCGUGGUCUUUCGGGGGCGGCACCGUCAGAAAACUGAUUGGGAGGUAGCUAUUAAAAGUAUUAAUAAAAAGAACUUGUCAAAAUCACAAAUACUGCUUGGAAAGGAAAUUAAAAUUUUAAAGGAAUUGCCCAACUCUGUCUUUCUGGUAAUGGAGUAUUGCAAUGGUGGAGACCUGGCAGAUUAUUUACAAGCUAAAGGAACUCUCAGUGAAGAUACUAUCAGAGUGUUUCUGCAUCAGAUUGCAGCUGCCAUGCGAAUCCUGCACAGCAAAGGAAUAAUCCACAGGGAUCUCAAACCACAGAACAUUUUGUUGUCUUAUGCCAAUCGGAGAAAGUCAAGUAUCACUGGUAUUCGGAUCAAAAUAGCGGAUUUUGGCUUUGCUCGUUACUUACAUAGUAACAUGAUGGCUGCAACACUGUGUGGAUCCCCGAUGUACAUGGCACCUGAGGUUAUUAUGUCUCAACAUUAUGAUGGUAAGGCAGACUUGUGGAGCAUAGGAACAGUGAUAUAUCAAUGCCUAGUUGGAAAACCACCUUUUCAGGCCAGUAGUCCUCAAGACUUACGGAUGUUUUAUGAAAAAAACAGGAGCUUAAUCCCUAGUAUUCCCAGAGAAACAUCACCUUAUUUGGCUAAUCUCCUGUUGGGAUUGCUUCAGAGGAACCAAAAAGAUAGAAUGGACUUUGAAUCAUUUUUUAGCCAUCCUUUUCUCGAGCAAGUUCCAGUAAAGAAAUCUUGCCCAGUCCCGGUGCCCACAUAUGCUGGCUCUGUUCCUGGAAGCUCCUCUGGCAGCUCUCCACCUUGUCGUUUUGCCUCUCCACCAUCCCUUUCAGAUAUGCAGCAUAUUCAGGAAGAAAACUUAUCCUCCCCACCAUUGGGUCCUCCCAACUAUCUGCAAGUGUCCAAAGAUUCUGCCAGUACUAGUAGCAAGAACUCUUCUUGUGACACGGAUGACUUUGUUUUGGUUCCACAUAACAUCUCGUCAGAUCAUUCAUAUGAUAUGCCAGUGGCACCUGCAGGCAGACAUGCUUCAAAUGAGUUCUUAGUGUGUGGAGGGCAGUGUCAACCUAUUGUGUCACCUCACAGCGAGACAGCCCCAAUUCCAGUUCUUAUUCAGAUAAGGAAUUAUCAGCGCAUUGAGCAGAAUCUGACGUCUACUGCCAGCUCUAGUACAAAUUCACAUGGUUCUCCAAGGUCUGCAGUGGUACGAAGGUCUAACACCAGCCCCCUGGGCUUCCUCAGGCUGGGAUCCUGCUCCCCGGCACCAGCAGACACAGUACAGACAGUUGGACGAAGCUCUACUGGGUCUUCCAGGCCUUACUCACCUUCCCCUUUGGUUGGUACCAUUCCUGAGCAGUUUAGUCAGUGCUGCUGUGGGCAUCUUCAGGGCCAUGAAUCCAGGAGUAGAAACUCCUCAGGGAUUGAACUUGGCUUGAGAUCUGUCAGUACUGGAAAAUUAUCAGAUCAACAAAUAAAGGCACCUUUAGGUGGACACCAAGGCAGCACAGAUAGUUUCAAUACAGAGCGACCAAUGGAUAUAGCUCCUGCCCCCAUCUGUGGAUUAAGGAUUUUUUCCUUGAGUAUUUCCUUUAUUACUUCAGUAAGUUUUACUCAAUAAAUAGGAGGAGUAGGUGUGAAACUCCCUUGUAACCUAACUUGGGUGCUGUGCUGUGUCCUGUGCUUCCUUGCAGUGGGAUCCAGCAGCUCAGGAGGCUCCUUGUGCUCUGCCACUGGCCGUGUGUGUGUGGGCUCCCCACCUGGGCCAGGCUUGGGCUCUUCCCCACCGGGAGCAGAGGCAGCUCCCAGCCUGAGAUACGUGCCUUAUAGUGCUUCGGCCCCCAGCCUAGAGGGGCUCAUUACCUUUGAAGCCCCUGAACUGCCGGAGGAGACACUGAUGGAGAGAGAACACACAGACAUUUUACGCCACCUGAACAUGAUGCUGAUGUUCAGUGAGUGUGUGCUGGACCUGACAGCCAUGCAGGGAGGAAAUCCUGAGUUGUGCACAUCUGCCGUAUCCUUGUACCAGAUUCAGGAGAGUGUGGUUGUAGACCAGAUCAGCCAGCUGAGCAAAGACUGGGGGAGGGUGGAGCAGCUGGUGUUAUACAUGAAAGCAACACAGCUGCUUGCAGCUUCCCUGCAUCUUGCCAAAGCCCAGAUCAAGUCUGGGAAGCUGAGCCCGUCGACAGCUGUGAAACAAGUUGUGAAAAAUCUGAAUGAGCGAUAUAAAUUCUGCAUCACCAUGUGCAAGAAACUUACAGAAAAGCUGAAUCGCUUCUUCUCUGACAAACAGAGAUUUAUUGAUGAAAUCAACAGUGUAACUGCAGAAAAACUCAUCUAUAAUUGUGCAGUGGAAAUGGUUCAGUCUGCUGCCCUGGAUGAGAUGUUUCAACAGACAGAAGAUAUUGUUUAUCGCUACCAUAAGGCAGCCCUUCUUUUGGAAGGCCUUACUAAGAUCUUACAGGAUCCUGCAGAUAUUGAAAAUGUACAUAAAUGUAAGCUGACGUAUACAGUAAUUUCUCCUUAUCUGUGUUAUUUUCUGGAAUUUUCAGUUACCCAACAUCAGCCAGUGUCUAAAAAUAUUAAAUGAAAAUCUCCAGAAGCAGUCCAUAAUUUUGAAAUUUUGUUCUGCUCUGAUCAGUAGCAUGAUGAAAUCUUGAGCUAUCCUGCUGUGCCCCAUCUUUGUCUCGAGUGUCCAUGCUAUAUAUGCCACCUGCCAACUUAGCCAUCUCAGUU